UGAUAGAGUUGCAAGAAAACCUUUUCUUGUGAUAAAAUGUUGUUGAAAGCCAUCUUUAUCGUGGUGAUAAUCGCCAUGUUUUGGGGAGCUGACGGGAGAGAUGACGAGCACAACGAUGUGGUAAAACGAGGCACCUUGAACAAGACAAACCAAGACUUAAAGGUACUGAGCGAUGUUGUGAAAGCUUUGAAAGAAAGGAUGAAGAUUCUGGAAACACGGCAAGGUUUUUGCAAGGAAGGAGCACCGGGUAAACCAGGCAAAGAUGGGCGUGAUGGUAUACCAGGAAAAAAUGGCGCACCGGGAAAGGAUGGAGCACGAGGAAAAGAUGGCGUCGGUUUACCAGGACGAGAUGGUCGUGAUGGCCAACCAGGACCACGAGGUAGUCCUGGAUUGAAAGGUCCACGUGGUGUUAAGGGUUCAAUGGGCCAUCCUGGUCCUAAAAGUGGUGGUGUCAAGUACAUACGCUGGGGGAGAACCUCGUGUCCUUCUGGUGCUAAUCUCGUCUACAAAGGUCGAGUAGGUGGAGAGCACUUCAACCAUCUCGGCGGGGGUUCCAACUAUGUAUGCCUGACAGAGUCCCCCAAGUACGCGAGCUACAACGAUGCUCGUCAAUCAUCGGGUUUCAUGUACGGUGCUGAGUACCAAACUAAGCAUAGCUACAAUCCAUUUCCACACAAUCCUCAUGAUCACGACGUCCCUUGUGCUGUAUGCUUUGUUCCAAACCGCAAUGCCAAACUGAUGAUCCCGGCAACUUACGAGUGUCCCGCGGGAUGGUCCAAAGAGUACUGGGGAUAUCUUAUGGCGGCAGAUUAUCGUCACAAAAACCAGAAAGAUUUCGUUUGCGUUGACAAAGAUCCAGAAGUCGUCAAAGGAUCGGUUCACGACCACAAUGGUGCUUUGUUGUACACCGUUGAAGGAAGGUGUGGCUCUCUGCCUUGUCUUCCUUACGUUGAAGGACGGGAACUGACAUGCGCAGUCUGUACCAAGUAA